AUGUUGGCUUCAUGUACCGGCGCGAGAGCCGUGUUCCGCGCCCUGCCGCUGGUUUCCGGAGGACAAAGGCAGAGAUCACUGCAAUUGUUCAGACAGACUGGCCAUCAGUGCAGAUUUCAACUUCCCGUGAGACAUUUUACGGCGUCUCAGAGUGUCCGUGAGGACGAGGCAACGGAAAAGGCGAAACGGCUACAUGAGAAGAGCGACGAGUUGGAACACCAUGACACCGAGCGCCAUAAAUUGCAGAAACAGGCAGACGAUAGACCCUGGCAUCGGCUGAGUGGGAGCAAGCAAUACAAGGAGACAUCGCCAGAUCCCUCUAGAGGAGACGAUUCAAAGGGACGACUGCUUACGACACCAACCCGCUUGCUGAAGCUCAUUUUACCCAUGCCGUUCCACCCCGAGCAAGAUACCAUAAACGAGGUCGAAGAAGGAACGCACAAAGACAACGGAAAGAGGAUAGAACCACUGGCGCUUCUGGCCGAGAUCCCUCCAUUGCAGGUCAACGGUCGCGAAAGGCUGCCCGACAUCAUCUUUCGGGCUGAAGCCGACCACGAAGAAUCCCCAGGAAAAUCGAACGAAGACCAUGGCAAAAGUAAUGUGGCGUCGUAUUCUGGCCUAGGUCGCGAGGGCCCUACAAAGGACAAAGAGGCAAAUUGGGUUCGAUGGAGUGGCAGCACCGAAGUUGGAGAUUUCAUCCGAGAUGCGGCUCGUGGACGAGAGUUUGCCAUUAACAUUGAGGGAUUCAGCAAGGAGCUGCGGGUAGCUGUGCCCAGUUUCAAAGAUCGAACGCAUUACAUGAGAUUGCAGUUGCGGCGGAUGUCGAGAAAUAUCGAUCAAAUGGCCAAGAUCAAGUCGGAGUGCGAUCUUUUGGCGCACAAGGGAGCCCAUCGUCUGGCACAGGGAGGCUUUGCUGCUCUGGCUGGUUGGUGGGGCGUCGUCUACUAUGUUACUUUUCAUACGGAUUUUGGAUGGGAUCUCGUAGAGCCCAUCACGUACUUGGCUGGAUUGGCGACCAUCAUGGGCGGAUACCUGUGGUUCCUCUUCAUCAGCCGGGAUUUAAGCUACAAGGCGGCGAUGAAUGUGACAGUCUCAAGACGGCAGCACGCGCUGUAUCAGGAGCGAGGAUUCGAUCCGCAGAAGUGGGAGCACUUGGUGCACGAGGCCAAUGCUCUGCGGCGAGAGAUUAAGGCGGUGGCGACAGAGUACGAUGUUGACUGGGACGAGAUGAAGGAUCUUGGGGGACAAAGUGUCAAGAAGAUUUUAGAAAAGGAGAAGAAUGGCAAGAAGAAGAAGGAGGAUAUUGAUGAGGAGGCUGAUGAAGAAGCUGAUGAAGGGGUGCAGAUGGAAAAGAAGGGCAAAGAGGAGCAGCAUUCGGAUUCGCAUAAGAAGGAAUGA